CGGCUUCAAUCCAAUACGGAACAGAAAUACCUAGAGUUAACAUGAAGUCUACAUGUGUGCAUAUGUUGUCGUACCUGCAUUAAGUUAACGACGCCCAUCUAUAAAAGCAGUGUAGUAACAUUUCCGAGAUGAAUUUGUUUCAUUAAUGUUGGGCUGAGACAUGGCUCCGCUUCGUAAUCGUGACGCGGACGAAAUAUCAAGGACGUCAUAGUCAAUCAGGCAUCGUACGGGACUAAUGAAUCUCUCAUCUAAUUCUAUGAUGAUGCUUCGAGAGACGGGGUUGGCCACGAUUUCAAAUGACGGGGUUAUCUACCUAGGUAGGUAAGCAUACCUAACGAAGCAACUUCGCGGUGAGUAACAAUCGUUCUUACUAUUAUAAAACGAAGGGGAGCCAUGCUUAGGAGAACCACAACAUCUUCUCUAGUAAGACUUCGAGCCAUAACCCAAAGAUAUUCUGUUAGAAGGCCAAAAGACGUACCACGCAUCUCAAUCGAAACUGUGCAUCAGGCAUCUCUCAAACUUAAGCCCUCUACCUUCUAUAGCAUAUCUACACGCAAGAUGGCGACGUUCUCGAACACGGAUACAGGCGACAAGCCGUCGGGGCCUUACUAUAACAAGAACAUUGAUACGAACGCAACCCUAAAGGAGAAGGUCGAGACUCUAACUAAAUUCGUGUCGUCUUGUAAAUUUGGCAUGAUGACAACGCGCGAUCCCUCGACCGGCAAGCUGGUCUCUCGCUGCAUGGCCAUUGCAGGAAAGGAAGGAGGUGAUAUCGACCUAACAUUCACAACAAACACGGAAUCGCACAAGACGGAUGAACUGAAGGCGGAUAAACACACUAACAUCUCGUUCUGCGAUAGCUCGGGCCAAUGGGCGUCAUUCGCGGGUGAUGCCAGCAUCGAGACGGAUCGGAAUGUGGUUAAAAAGUACUACAGCCCGACGCUCAAAGCCUGGCUUGGAGAUUUAGGGGAUGGGAUCCACAAUGGUUCAGAGAACGACCCGCGGAUCGGCGUGCUUAAGGUGAAAACAACUAGUGUCACGUAUGCUAUCACCGAUAAGACGGUCGUUGGUAGAGCUGCUGAGAUCGCCAAGGGUACGGUCACCGGCGAGCCGGCUGGUGUUAACAAGUUGAGAGAGAUCAAUGAGAAAGAGGUUCAGCAGUGGAGGGCGACAGCUUCGAAGGGGACCUAGGCAGGCGACUUCAGGCUGUGGUCUCACCUGCUGUAAUUCGAGGCCGCCGUCACUAGAUCCUUAAGAACAUGUAUAUUACAUGUGAUAUUUUCUCGACUUUAUUCGGAGAAAUCGUCUUUCAAUUUGACAAGGUUGACUUCCUAGAUAAGCUCAUCAUGUAGUUAACUUGUUCAGCUGGAGUUCCUUAGCUUUGUUGGAUACAAUGAUUGAAGCAGGGCAUGGUAGCAACCGCAAGGCUUUCGCAUACUGUUUCAUAACCAUCAGCCGUAUUGCUCAUACAUUCAUGUCCCUUUCUGCCGGGCGCGAUCCUCAAACAAGUAAGUGUGGUCGGCCCAUGAAGAGCCUCGGGGGUAGGAAU